UUGUCCCAUGCUCAAUAGUCUCAACAGGUGGUAUUGACUUGUGAUGAGUAAAAAGUAAAACGUAUGUGAGUAAGAAACGCGGCGCGAGGCGCUAGCAUCGAGACACCCCCACACCCCAGCAAGAGAAGAGAGAAGAUGGAGAAGAGAGGCGGCAAAUGGGGGAGUUUCCGCAGUUAUCAGGAAGAGGGGAAAGUCCACCUAGUACCUGAGAACGGAAACACAAGAGCGGUACUAAAGUGUACAACAGCUAUGAUGUCCGCUGCUACAAUAUCCAUAAUUAUUAAUUCUUUGAUAUGGGCAAUAGUAGGAUUCGUUUUACCAUGGUUUGUGCCGAAGGGAGAAAACAAAGGCAUCAUCCAAACCAUGAUGGUUACCACAGCAAUCUGCUGUUACCUUUUCUGGCUUGGUCCGUUCAUGAUGCAAUAUCAUCCCAUUAUCGGACCGCAACUGGAACCCAACGUUGUAAGAGUGAUGAACAUGGAGUGGGAAUCAUAAACAAUCUUCCACUCGUGCAGAGUAUGCUAAUAACGACGGCUGUUUUGUGCUACGUAUUCUGGCUGUGUACCUAUCUGAUGCAAAUGCAUCCCUUCUUUGGACCUCUGUUGGAGAACUCUACACUGAUAGCUGCGAAUGAGUACUGGCCAAGCAAGUAAUGAAAAAGCUGCUGUCAUUCGACGAAGACCUUGUACAUAUCCUACACAGUAUUUCAAGGAACAAAUUGAAGAUCCCACAUAUUUUUGUAAAUGGAGGUAUAUUUAAGAAACUGCUCAAUAAAGCUUGGUUUUUGACUGAA